GUUCGUAAAUGUCAAAUUUUAAAAGUAUUGUUUGAUUAAACUGACUUAAUUGCCUGUUGCAUAAUUCAUUUAAUCUUAAUUGAAGUAGGUAUUUUGUUAAUAUAACAACUUUUUGUUUAGAGUUUCAAUGUUUCAUCCAAAUGAAGUAAAAAUUGUUUCAUAGCCUGAUCACUGAAACAAACAUGUCGAAACGUAAAUGUGUGAGUGCUGAAGAAAAACGAAGUCGUAUGUUACAAUUAUUUUAUGAGAAAAAGGAAUUCUUUCAAUUGAAGGAAUUGGAGAAAAUAGCACCAAAAGAAAAAGGAAUAAUCGCUCAAAGUGUAAAGGAUGUAAUUCAAAGCUUAGUGGAUGACGGUUUAAUCGAUACAGAUAAAAUUGGAACUUCUGUUUAUUAUUGGGCUUAUCCUAGCAAAGCAAAGCAUAUUCGAAAGAGAAAACUUGAAGAACUUAAUGAAAAAUUAGAUGAAAGUAGAAAAAAAUUAAAAACCUUGUCAGAAAAAGUUGAUUUAUCCAAGGUCGAUCGAGAAGAAUCCAGUGAACGUAAGAAUGUUUUGGAAGAAAUGACCAUUCUUGAAGCUGAGGAGCUCGUUUUAAACAAAGAAAUACAAAAAUAUAAGGAUAACGACCCUGAAGUCCUGGAAGCAAUGAAAAAAGAAGCAGAGGUGGUGAAGGAAGCAAUUAAUCGAUGGACCGAUAAUAUUUUUGCGGUAAAAUCAUGGGCUAAAAACAAAUUUUUCGUCGAGGAAUCGGUUCUAAAUAAGCAGUUUGGUAUUCCCGCUGAUUUAGAUUAUAUAAACUAAGU